UCUACUGUACACCUCCCGCACAUCUGCUGCGCGUCUCUGUCCUCCACUGCAGCUUCUGUUCGCAGGGAACCACUUCUUCUCCCCGCUUCUUUUUAUCACUCUUCCUUUGCGUGUGUCUCAUACUCUCUCUCUCUCUCUCUCUCUCUCUCGCACUUACCGGACGUUUUCUUUUUUUUUUUCCUUUUUGGAACAGAAGCGCAACGAAAAAGUCCCUGGUGAAUUCUCCUGCUGCUCGUGGUGAGUGAAUGGAAACUAAUUCAAACAACUGCUGAGUUUCUGAGUGUUUCAACUGAAUGCAGCUGACGGAAAAGAGCUGGACUGAACUGCAUUUUGAACUAAAGAAGAGGCGAGUCAGCAGAAGCUAACAGCGAUCUCCUCGUGCGCAUCAGUCCCUCUUUUCUUUUCCUACCUCUCGAUCUCACUUUUGCUAUUUCUUUUCCAAAAAUCUUCUGUGUGCGGAUUAAUUUCCCCUCACAAACGUUUCCUGCCGUGUCUCCGUCCGGCAGCAGUGCGUAAAAGCCAAACCGAACCCUUUCCCUUUUUAUCUCCAAAACUGAUAGCUCUCCAACCCCCGGCUGAAACAGGGACCACCGGGCACAAACACCACUUUCUCUCUCCUGUAUGACUGUCUCUAAAGCAAACAGCAGCAAAGCAUCAUGGAUGUGGUUAAGAGCCGUUUUUUGGGGAUCGCCGUGGCCGUUGCGCACGGCUUUUUCUCCGGCUCCCUGAACAUUUUGCUCAAGUUUCUCAUCAGUAAUUAUAACUUCAACUUCCUGACGCUCAUCCAGCUGCUGACCAGCAGCACGGCGGCGUUCACCCUGGAGGUGCUGAGGCGGCUGGGGUUGGUCAAAGUCCCGCCGUUCAGCGUGCAGCUAUCCAAGGAGUUCGGCCCGGUGUGUAUCCUCUCCACGCUGCAGUCCACUCUCACUCUGUGGUCUCUGCGCGGCCUCAGCUUGCCCAUGUACGUCGUGUUCAAACGCUGCCUGCCGCUCUUCACGCUCAGCAUCGGCAUGUGCGUGCUCAGGAACGGCGUGCCGUCCCCCGGCGUAGUGACCGCUGUCGUCAUCACCACCGGUGGAGCUGCACUGGCCGGUGCUGGCGAUUUGACCGGCGAUCCCUUCGGUUACGUCACCGGCGUGUUGGCGGUCAUCAUCCACGCAUCCUACCUGGUCGUGAUCCAGAAAACCAGUCAUGACAGCGAGUACGGGCCGCUCACAGCGCAGUACGCCAUCGCCGUCAUGGCCACGCCGGUGCUCCUGGUGUGCUCCAUCAUCUCCCUGGAUGCCAUCAACAUGUGGUCGUACGAGGGCUGGCAGAACCCGUACAUCACGGUUGUCUUCACCAUCUGCGUCUUCAUCGGCUGCGCCAUGAACUUCACCACGCUGCACUGCACCUACAUCAACUCGGCCGUCACCACCAGCUUCGUCGGCGUGGUCAAGAGCAUCGCCACCAUCACCGUUGGCAUGCUGGCGUUCAGCGACGUCGCGCCCACGCAUCUCUUCAUCGGCGGCGUCGUGGUCAACACCGUCGGCUCCAUCACCUACUGCGUGGUCAAAUAUUUCGAGACGAAGAAGAAGAGCCUGUACGAGGACUUGGAGGAGGCCGCCAAGGACGGAGCGCUGGCGGGCGAGCCGCACACGGAAAAACCGCCUCCGGACGGCGACGGGCCAGCUGCGGGGAUCGGACCCGACCCCGAACGCCCGGAGAUAGAGGGAGUGUUGAUCAGUGACAGGAAGGAGGACGUUGCUAACGGAGAAGUGCGGACAGGAGACGUUGCACAAGGAGACGGAGAGGCAGGCGUAAAUUCCCGCGUCAUGACUGAAGACGAGGUGCGGGAGAUGCAGAGGGAGCAUCUCAACAAGGAGAACACAGCCAACGCUAAGUCGGUUAGCGACAGCUACGUUGGGGUGUGGCGGUCCAUCAGAAAUCUGCAGUUUAUGAAGAAAGACCCGUUGAUUGAGAACAUGGAGCAGCAGAGUCCGUAACGGCAAUGCAGAGACCUGGACAGACUCAAGAGAAAAGAAAAUUUUGAAUGAAUUAGAUGAUUAAAAAAAAGUCUUGAGGAUUAAAAUACAUACAAAUACAACACGAGUAUGCAGGAACCAGAGAGGAAAGAAUGACACAACGGGAGAGUAAAGCUCUGUGUCCACCAGGAACUUCUUUUACUUACGGUGCUGAACUAAUGCUUGUUGGAAACAUGUUUGCUGCUGUGAUAUCUCAAUGAAAGCUCUCACUUUAAGUGCUAUAAAAGUUUCAUCACACAAGGCUAUGAGUGCAAAGAACAGGCUUUUGGUUUUUUGUUAAAAGCAGGAAACAGAACGUCAUUUUCUUUGUUUAUGAUGAGAAUUAAAAAGAAGUUCCUGGUGGAGAAAAGUGGAUGAAGAGUGUUGGGAGAAGCUGCCCGUCAGAGAUAAAUUCUCUGCGGCAUCUGGCGGGGACUAGGCUGGCCGCGGUGUAGCAUGAUUUUGGUUUUGCGUCCCCCAUGGAUCAGCCAGCUUUCCACACAAAAGAGGGUCUUGUUGAAAAACAAAGAGAGCGCAUCUUGUGUAAACAUCCAAUCAGGGAACAGCAAACACACAGCAGUAGAUGCCUGAAAGUUUGAGUUUUUGUUAUGUGCAAACCUGGGUGAAUUCUUGUUUCUAAUUGAGGGUGUGAAUUAAACCCUUUAAUGCACAUGUAAAGGCAUGCUUACAGCUAUGUUCGCGCAGACUUUGAUUGUUUGUCCACUGUCACACCUGUUCACUGUUGAUUUGGCAUUCAUGUGUCUGCUCACCAUCAUGAACACCAAAAUCUGGCUACAUCUAUACUUCUAAGUUUUAGUUUAAAAAUGAAUAUCUUUUGCUACAUUUACGCCUCGUGUCCACACUAAUCCACCCUUAAAAACGGAGACAUUUGGAAACACUGCUGCCCCCGUUUAGGUUUAAAAACUCGGGGUUGCUUUGUAGUCUGGACGGACACAAACGGAGACAUUUGGAAACGAUGACGCACAUCUGUCAGUCUUAUCUGUUAGGUAGCUUACAGACCUUUCAGUUACAGUACUGUCUGUCUGUCUGUCUGUCUGCCUCUCUGUCUGUCUG